GGAGUCCAUUCAUCCUUAAGCACUCACUGAAGGUACUCUCUGUAGCCAAACUCCUGUGUGCUACAGCAUAAAGCAAGGCCCUGGGAGUAAUAGCCAAGAGGGGAGGGCAGAGAGAGCUUGGAUGCUGAGAGUACAAGCAGCGCACAACAAAUCCAACCUCACAAGGCAACAAUCGUGCAGGAUCCCAGAGCCCAGCAGAUCGAGCUCCUGAUAUCUGUCACACAGGGGAAGAGCUCCUCGCCACCCAGAUCCACAUUCAAAAAGCAGCACUGCCUCUAUUAUGAAAGCCAACAACUGAAGAAGACCGCCGAUCAGUCCACCCAGCAGGUGUUUAAUAGCAAAGACAUCUGAUAGCAGUAAAGAAAAUGCCAGAACAAAGUAAUGACUACAGGGUGGUUGUGUUUGGAGCUGGAGGUGUAGGUAAAAGUUCCUUAGUGUUGCGGUUUGUGAAAGGCACAUUCAGAGAAAGCUACAUACCAACCAUUGAAGAUACCUACAGGCAGGUGAUCAGCUGUGAUAAAAGUAUAUGUACUUUACAAAUAACUGACACCACAGGGAGCCAUCAGUUUCCAGCCAUGCAGCGCCUGUCCAUAUCAAAAGGACAUGCUUUUAUUUUGGUCUAUUCCAUCACCAGCAGACAAUCUUUGGAGGAACUGAAGCCAAUCUAUGAACAGAUUUGUCAGAUCAAAGGGGAUGUGGAGAGUAUCCCCAUAAUGCUAGUUGGAAAUAAGAGUGAUGAAAGCCAAAACAGAGAACUAGAAAGCUCAGAAGGUGAAGCAAUAGCAAAAAAGUGGAAAUGUGCCUUCAUGGAAACCUCUGCCAAGAUGAACCACAAUGUCAAAGAGCUCUUCCAGGAGCUUCUGAAUCUUGAGAAGCGCAGGACUGUAAGUCUACAGAUAGAUGGUAAGAAGAGCAAGCAGCAGAAAAGAAAAGAAAAACUUAAGGGGAAAUGUGUCGUCAUGUAGAGUUUUGGCCAUCUAAAGGAACAACAAGGAAACCACACAUCUUUAAAGCACUUAAGAAGAAACAAGACAAA